GAGGGGGUGCGGGCGGGGAGGGGAGACGGCUCCCAGCUCCACCUCGCGCGCGGCGCGGCCAGUGCACUCUGCUCCGGGAGAGGCGAGCAGCGCCGGUGAGCCCCGCAGCAGCGCGCCCGGCUGCCGAGCCCCGCGAUGGAGAUGGCAGAGGCGGAAUUGCACAAGGAAAGGCUGCAAGCCAUAGCAGAAAAAAGAAAGAGGCAGACUGAAAUAGAAGGCAAGCGACAACAGCUUGACGAGCAGAUACUUCUGCUGCAGCAUUCCAAGUCCAAAGUGCUUCGGGAGAAAUGGCUGCUGCAGGGCAUACCCGCUGGAACUGCCGAAGAGGAGGAAGCCAGGAGGCGGCAGUCUGAAGAGGAUGAGUUCAGAGUCAAGCAACUUGAAGAUAACAUUCAGAGGCUGGAGCAAGAAAUACAAACGCUAGAAAGUGAAGAGUCCCAGAUAUCUGCCAAAGAGCAAAUCAUCCUAGAGAAACUGAAGGAGACAGAAAAAUCCUUCAAGGACUUUCAGAAGGGUUUCUCCAGUACAGAUGGAGAUGCAGUAAAUUACAUUUCCUCCCAGCUUCCCGACCUGCCAAUCCUCUGUUCACGAACAGCAGAACCAUCACCUGGGCAGGACGGGACCAGCAGAGCAGCUGCUGUGUACGCCAUGGAAAUUAAUGUGGAGAAAGACAAACAAACAGGAGAGACCAAGAUUCUCUCUACAUCUACCAUUGGCCCAGAGGGGGUCCAUCAGAAAGGAGUCAAAGUCUAUGAUGAUGGUACCAAAGUAGUGUAUGAGGUGCACUCAGGAGGCACCGUAGUAGAAAAUGGAGUGCACAAAUUAAGCACAAAGGAUGUAGAAGAGCUUAUUCAGAAGGCUGGACAAUCAAGCUUAGGAGGAGGGCACGUGUCCGAAAGGACUGUGAUUGCAGAUGGGAGCCUCAGCCAUCCCAAGGAACACAUGCUCUGCAAAGAAGCUAAGUUAGAAAUGGUACAUAAGUCUAGGAAAGACCAUUCUUCUGGGAACCCAGGGCAGCAGGCCCAAGCCCCCAGCGCUGCAGGGCCAGAGGCAAACUUGGAUCAGCCCGUCACCAUGAUUUUUAUGGGCUACCAAAAUAUUGAGGAUGAAGAGGAGACGAAAAAGGUGCUAGGCUAUGAUGAAACCAUCAAGGCUGAAUUGGUCCUCAUUGAUGAAGAUGAUGAGAAGUCAUUGAGGGAGAAGACAGUGACGGACGUGUCCACUAUUGACGGGAACGCGGCUGAGCUUGUGUCCGGGAGGCCGGUCUCAGACACGACAGAGCCCUCAUCCCCAGAAGGGAAGGAAGAGAGCCUAGCCACAGAGCCAGCCCCAGGAGUCGGGUGGGAGAAUGUGCUGCUAAAGGGAGGUGAGUCAGCCUCGAACGCCACAGAAACAUCCGGCCCAGACAUGACUAUCAAGAAGCCUCCCCAGCUUUCUGAGGAUGAUAUCCGGCUAAAAAGCGAGGGAGACAACUAUAGUGCCACCCUCCUGGAGCCUGCUACCAGCUCUCUUUCCCCAGACCACAAAAACAUGGAAAUUGAGGUGUCUAUUGCAGAAUGUAAAAGUGUUCCUGGAAUCACCUCUACCCCACAUCCCAUGGACCACCCCUCUGCUUUCUAUUCACCCCCCCAUAAUGGCCUCCUUACUGAUCACCACGAAUCCCUGGAUAAUGAUGUCGCCAGAGAGAUCCGCUAUCUAGAUGAGGUGCUAGAGGCCAACUGCUGUGAUUCUGCUGUGGAUGGAACGUACAAUGGAACAUCGUCCCCAGAGCCUGGUGCAGUGGUUCUGGUGGGCGGCCUAAGCCCCCCUGUCCACGAGGCGACCCAGCCAGAACCUACUGAGAGAACAGCUAGCCGGCAGGCACCUCCUCACAUUGAGCUCAGUAAUAGCAGCCCUGACCCCAUGGCAGAGGCAGAAAGAACAAAUGGCCACUCCCCCAGCCAGCCUAGAGAUGUGCUGGGGGACAGCCUGCAGGCUCCUGUCAGCCCCAGCUCCACAACCAGCUCACGGUGUUCUUCCCGAGAUGGAGAGUUCACUCUCACCACACUGAAGAAGGAGGCCAAGUUUGAGCUGCGUGCCUUUCAUGAGGACAAGAAGCCCUCCAAGCUCUUUGAGGAUGACGAGCAUGAGAAAGAACAAUACUGCGUUAGAAAAGUGAGGCCUUCGGAAGAGAUGCUGGAGCUGGAAAAGGAGAGGAGAGAGCUCAUCCGCAGCCAGGCCGUCAAGAAGAAUCCUGGCAUUGCAGCAAAAUGGUGGAAUCCCCCGCAGGAAAAAACCAUUGAGGAGCAGCUGGAUGAGGAACAUCUGGAGUCGCACAAAAAGUACAAGGAGCGCAAGGAGAGAAGGGCACAGCAGGAACAGUUGCUGCUGCAGCAGCAGUUACAGCAGCAGCAGCAAUUGCAGCAGCAGCAGCAGCAGCAGCCCCCAUCGCAGCUCUGCACAGCCCCUGCCUCUUCUCAUGAAUGCGCAAGCAUGAUUGACAAAGCAAAGGAGGACAUUGUCACAGAGCAGAUAGAUUUCUCUGCUGCUCGCAAGCAAUUUCAGCUGAUGGAGAAUUCCAGGCAUGCGGUGACCAAGGGCCAGAGUACACCCAGGCUGUUCUCCAUCAAGCCUUUCUACAGGCCUCUGGGGUCAGUCAACUCAGACAAGCCACUGACUAAUCCGAGACCACCUUCUGUCGGGGGACCUCCAGAAGAUAGUGGUACCUCAGCCGCCAAGGGACAGAAAUCCCCCGGUGCCCUGGAGACCCCAUCGGCAGCAGGAAGCCAGGGCAACACAGCCCCUCAGGGGAAGGAAGGGCCCUACAGUGAGCCUUCUAAACGUGGGCCCUUAUCUAAACUGUGGGCUGAGGAUGGAGAAUUUACAAGCGCCCGGGCCGUCCUCACCGUGGUCAAGGAUGAUGACCAUGGGAUUUUGGAUCAGUUCUCAAGAUCUGUCAAUGUCUCCCUGACCCAAGAGGAGCUUGACUCUGGUCUGGAUGAAUUGUCGGUGAGGUCUCAGGAUACCACAGUCCUGGAGACCCUAUCCAAUGAUUUCAGCAUGGACAACAUCAGUGACAGCGGGGCCUCCAAUGAGACAACCAAUGCCCUCCAGGAAAAUUCACUGGCUGAUUUUUCUCUGCCCCAGACGCCACAAACUGACAACCCCUCAGAGGGCCGAGGAGAAGGCGUCUCCAAGUCAUUUAGUGAUCAUGGUUUCUACUCCCCUUCCUCCACGCUGGGGGACUCUCCGUCGGUUGAUGAUCCCUUGGAGUAUCAGGCUGGCCUCCUGGUGCAGAAUGCCAUUCAACAAGCCAUAGCCGAGCAGGUGGAUAAAGCCGUGUCCAAAACCAGCAGGGAUGGAGCAGAGCAACAGGGACCUGAAGCGACUGUAGAGGAAGCUGAAGCUGGGGCUUUCGGCUCGGAAAAGCCUCAGAGCAUGUUUGAGCCACCUCAGGUGUCUUCUCCUGUACAAGAGAAAAGGGAUGUAUUACCAAAGAUUCUGCCUGCUGAAGACAGGGCACUCAGGGAAAGGGGGCCCCCCCAGCCACUACCAGCUGUGCAGCCCAGUGGCCCGAUUAACAUGGAGGAGACCAGGCCGGAAGGAAGCUAUUUCAGCAAGUACUCGGAGGCAGCUGAGCUGAGAAGCACAGCCUCCCUCCUGGCCACUCAAGAAUCUGACGUGAUGGUUGGGCCUUUCAAGCUGAGGUCCAGGAAACAGCGGACUUUGUCCAUGAUCGAGGAAGAGAUCCGAGCAGCUCAGGAAAGGGAAGAGGAGCUGAAGAGGCAGAGACAAGUCUUGCAGACUACGCAGAGCCCCAGGACAAAGAACGCCCCAUCGCUGCCCUCCAGAACAUGCUACAAAACUGCCCCAGGGAAAAUAGAGAAAGUCAAACCUCCUCCAUCCCCCACCACCGAAGGCCCCAGCUUGCAGCCUGACUUAGCCCCUGAAGAGGCUGCCGGAACCCAGCGGCCCAAGAAUCUGAUGCAGACCCUCAUGGAAGACUAUGAGACACACAAAUCUAAAAGGCGCGAGAGAAUGGAUGAUAGUAGUGUCCUUGAGGCCACACGGGUUAAUCGAAGAAAGAGCGCGCUGGCUUUGCGCUGGGAAGCAGGGAUCUAUGCCAACCAGGAGGAAGAAGACAACGAAUAAACUUCCUUCAACCCAAGAAGCGUCUUUGGUGCUUGGGAGACCAAGAAACCAAGAAAUUAACAACUGAAAGCAUUUUAAUGGACUAUUUAUUAAAGUGCAAACAAACUCAGCAAUCCUUAUGUAGACCAGAAGCUGCAAUACAUAAUGAUGAAAACGAAACGAAAAGGAAGUCCACCUAUCAGACUCUGGACACCCAGGAGUCAAAAGAGAAAGGACUUUUUUGGUGACUCAAUCCCAGUGUCUGGUUUUGGGCCAAUCUACAAUGGAUCCAAAAGGACAAAACAUGUUAAAAGCAAAUCAACAUAGUUGCUACAGGCAGAACUGAGACCAGCCUCCCUGGGUGAUGAAGAACAAUGGUGAUAGGGCCACUUAGAGAGCAGUAGGGCCCAGGCUGGUGCAGCCUACAUGGCACAGGAUAUUUCCCUGCACCAGUUUCCCACCUGUCUCUCGCAGCAUCAGAGGGUGUUGCAUUAACUCCAUUUUCUCCAGCAGCCAUAAAAUGAAUGGCAUUUCUCUCCAUGUUUGCCCAGAAGAGGCAGUUAUGAUUCCACUUGUCUUACAUUUAAUUAUUUUUAAUUGAGAACAACUCAUGAUCACAAUUCAUAAAAUCCAUAUUUUAAGACAAUAUUUCUUCAUGUCGCAAACACAAUCUAUUCUACAUGAGGAGGCUGAGAAAGGGGAAGAGAAAACCAAACCAAAUGGAUGAUGUUAGCUUUAGGAUCGUGUCUGCUUAUAAUAUUCACUGAUCUGCAGUUUAUGAGAACACAUUUUCAGUUAUGUUUCUUCAUAGGAAAACUAUAUUUAGUGGGCAACAACUAUUUUUAUGAUGGGAUGGGGGAAUAUAUACAUGUAUAGAACCUGUACACAUUGAAAAACUUGGUUCAAGAUGGUGGGGGCAUUUUUAGAGUGGCAAUAAUUGAAAAAAAAAAAAAGGCGAACUCUGCCUUGGAGAGGUAGAUGAUAAGAAAUAAAAAGGUGUUUAUAACUAUUUUGUAUUAUAAAGUGGGCCUUAGAGAUAGGAAGAAGAAUGAUGGAUUCUUUUUGGAUCAAUCAGAGAGGCAACACGAAAGAAAAGUCAUGAAGGUAGAGAGAGAAAAAGGGAGGGAGGGAGAAAGAAUGAGAACAAAAUAAGGAGGUAAGAGAUGCUGUUUUUGCUGAGCAACCAGUGUUUUUCAGGAUGAUACAAAGAAAAAUAUAGAAUAGAAAUUUAAGUGCAGGCUUGGAAUCAGCUACAAAUCCUAAAGAUGGGGUGUGUGUGGAUGUGUGUAUGUGUGUACACCAUUGUGUGUUUGUGUGAGAUGUGUAUGUUCAUGAGUAAGGGUGUGUGCGUGUGUGUGUGUGCAUGUGUGUGUGUGUGUGAGUGGAUUAAAAUUCCAGAGUGACCGUGGCAUUUGGGUAUACAGGUAAUUCCUCCAAAGCUGUUUGCUGGCUUCAGGAGUGGAGUGAGAAUUUCUUUUUUAUGAAAAGGGAUAUAAAGGCACCGAGCUGAUGCAGUAUUUGUAAUAUUAAAUUGACCUAACAAGGUAUUUGCAUGAGUCACAAUUACAAAGUUUUGAGCGGUUUUGUAAUUUGACAUUUCGGAAAGUCUCCUAUUUAUUCUCAUACUUUGCAUUCAUGCUUAGUAUACUAUAGAGGAUGCCAGCUUUAAUCUUUCUGUCAUUUAAAGCAAUAUGAUAAGGGUAUUCAAUAAUUGGGUGCCCUAAAUUUCUGGAUGAGAAAAUUUUCAAUUCUGGCCAUGAGAAAAAAAAAAUAACCAGCCUUCUUUUUUUUUCCUUUGUUUUAAAACUGUGGUUUUUAAAAAAGCAAUAAUUAAGUCAGACCUCACUAAAAAUCAUUUUUGUUUUUAUAUUGUUAUGUCAUAAGCUCUAGUAUGUUAUUCUAACAAGUAGCAAUUUCACAAAAUUUGUAUGUAGAUGUUAACACACAUUUCCUUUGCUUCUUUUAUUAGACUAGUGUUGACUUUGGGGGGGACAUUUGUUCACAGAUGAGAAGUAGGCACAAAGUAAAAAAUGGAACCAUCUACUAACAAGGAUCCUUUAAAACUGCCAAGGGAACCUCUAACUUGAAGCCACAUUCUACAGAUGGCAGCCCAAAUAGCACAUGGGCAAUUGGCACCAUCUUUAUAUGAUUCGUUCUCCUGAGUAUUUUGAAUGAAUUCUCAGCAAAAUGUGCUAGCCACUGGGGACACAAAACAAGUAAGAUCCCUGUUGCAAGAAAUUCAUUUUAUAGUGAGGGAGGCUGGCAUGGAGACUAACAUUCUCAGGAAAAUGAGAUCCGUGUUAGAUUACAAGUCCUGACAUGAAAUGGGAGGACCCAGGAAGGAGGAUCGUCUUUACCUGAGGAUUUCCAGCCAGAGGUCCCAGAUGCCUGGGCUGAGAACCCAGCGAUAAGGGGGCGUUCCCAAAGCAGACACAGGGAUAAGAACAGAGCAGGCAGCAGAGUUGCACAGCCCCAGGCACAGUGGCAGGUUAGGAUGGUUGGAGAGUAGGAUAGUUCUAUGGGUUGCACAAAAAAUGUGAUGUGCUUCGUUUUCUCUGACUCAUGGAUCUGGUAGAGACCACAGACAUGAUAAACACUAACUUCCCCAUUUUUCACAAGACUAAACCAUCCUUAUGACUUACCUUAAAGUUUUUUGUUCUGUUUUGAAGGAAACCAUGUGCUACGUGAAACCUACAUUUGACAAGAGAAUGUACAGCUAAGGGAAAAGCUUAAGAGGCCACACUAUUCACGGAAUCACUUUAGAGGCAGAUGAAGUGGUCUUUGACCACAGUUGAUUGAACCAGAGCACUUAUGGCUUAAAGAAUAUGAGAGCUCCAGAGCUGGGGGUUCUUGGGCCAUGCUCCGUGUGUGGAUAAGGAAAGAAAUACUGUUUCUGGGACUCUCCCACAGUCACAAAGCUGUUUUCACUGUGGCCCCUACAUCUCUUAACUUUGGCUAUUACUCCUAUGCUGCCUUCCGGAUUACUGCUGUCAAUCUUCUUGCUCCACUCACUGAAGAUCCUAUUAUAAUCCCAUUAAAAUGUAAAUUACAGUUUACUUGGGAGAGCCAGAUUUUCUCUGUGCUCUUGAGUUUUUUAUUCAUUCAAGAAACCUUGGGCCACCGCUUUGUACAUAGCACCGUGCUAGGCUCUGGGAUCCCAAAUGGACCCUUUUAACUUUCUGAAGAUGGGACCGUCCCCUGGAGGAAAGUCAUUCCUGCCUAAUCCAUCGAGAGAAAGAGGCUUACGAAAAACUUUGCCUCUGAUGCUCAGCCCCACCCCCAAAUAGCACGCAAGCUUGUUAACCCCACCUCUUACAAAAUGUUUAGAUUCUGUAGAUGUUAAAAGCCUUUCUGGAAGUAUUGCAUUCUGCCGUGUUUAUAGGUGUUCACUUUCCUCCAGAGCUGAUUAACUACUGACAUGCCUUGGCUUUCUCAUCCGGAAAUUAUGGAAACAGGGUCUGUCAGUGGCAGGAGGCCGGGCUGUGUUUUACUUGGAUGACACAAUGCAAUUUACUUGCCUCUUCAUACCCAUGCAUGCUGCUCACCCUAGACAAUGACAUAUAAGCCGUAUAUAGAUCAAUGUCCACGUAUAUAUAUACACACACACAUAUAUAUCUAUAAAGUGUAACAAGGAACACUAAAACAGUGUUGAUUCUUGUCUCUGAAGACAAAUAAACCUUUUUUUCCCAACUAAAGAAUGGAUUUAAUUAAACUAUGUGUUGAAAAAAAAGUAGCCUAAGUGUUAGAGAUGGUGAAUAUAUUCCAUUUAGUUAAAGAACCAAUUUCCUGAAUUUUAAGCAUUCAGUGAGCUGCCAAUUUUGAUUUUGUGUUGCUCUUUACCCAAAUUAUUUUUUCUUUGUUUUUCUUUUCUUGGGGGAGGAGGCGGAAAAAGCAGCAAUACUGUGUUUGGAAAUUAUACUCUGUAUCUGGCUUUCCUGUGUAUGUUAACCACUGAAAUGUUAUUAUCCUGCUUUGGUUUUAUAGUGAUUGUGAGGCAUUCAAUGCAAGUAUACAGUUAUUUUCUCAUUAAAAUCCAAUGUGUGUUGAGUUUUUAUAAA